GAUACGUCUACAUAUAACUAUUCCGUGUUUGUGUGAGAUUUCAACCAGAUGUGAAAUGACGCUCAAUCUACCCAGUCCACAGCUUCAAAUAUCUAUUCGUGAAGAAUGGAAUGAAAAUUUGGAAACUAGAGAUCAAUAUUUGGAGCACAUCAAAGAUUGGCUUCGAAGGCAACCUCACCUACCAGAUGAUUGGGGUGAUGUGGAGUUGCUGAAUUUUUUACGGUCGUGCUAUUUUUCCUUAGAGAGAACAAAGCAGAAAAUUGAUAGAUAUUUCACUGUAAGAGCUGCUAUUCCAGAGUUUUACCGAGAUUGGGAUAUAAAGAGACCUGAGUUGGUAGCCAUCACUAGUGUAGGACAAGCUUGCGCUAUGCCGAAACUCACACCCGAGGGAAGAAGAGUAAUGAUCUUGAGAGGAUUCGACAAAAACAUGGAGACACCCAAUGUCACGCAUUUCAUAAGAAUAGCCUUCAUGUUUGCAGACAUAAGAAUAAAAGAAGAAUCUCAUGGUGUUUCUGGAGAUGUCUAUAUAUUUGACGCCAGUAUUCUGACUGCUGGUCAUUUUGCUAAAGCUGCUAACCCUGUUAUAUUCAAGAAAUUCCUCUUUUGUCUCAAAGCUUAUCCUAUAAAGGUAAAGGAAAUCCAUGUGGUGAAUGCUAAUUCAAUGGUUGACAUUGUGAUCAAUUGGAUUAUGUUGCUUGUGAAAGAAAAGUAUAGAAAAUUGGUACAUGUACAUACCUCUAUCGAAACAUUGCAUGAUUAUAUUCCAAAGGAUGUACUUCCAGAAGAAUAUGGCGGUACAUGUGGAAGUUCGAAGAAUUUUACAGAACAAUGGAUCAAAAAACUAGAGGCUCAUACAGAUUGGUUCAAAAAGCGAGAGAAUUUCAAAGCUGACGAGUCUAAAAGACUUGGGUUACCAAUAGAUUAUGAUGAUCUCUUUGGAGUGGAUGGAAGUUUUAAGAAACUGGCAAUAGAUUGAACAAAAUACAUCAAAUUAAUGAAGAAAUCAAUCUUGGGACCUCUUUGUGCAUCCACCAUUUUCAGGUUGUAUAGAAAGUAGGUGUAUUCCAAUGUUGAGAUUGAGAUAAAGAAAAAUAAAUUAUAAAUUUGAAUUAAUCUCUUAAAUGAAAUAAUUAGGCUUUAUUCCAGCUUUAUCUUAUGAAGCAUACAACCAAAAUUCCAUAUAGUCAUUCAUAAAAAUAAAUAAAAACAUACAUCAUCUA